CUCACCCCCUUCCACCUAGCAAAACCACCGCCACUUUAGGAUGGCUCAGGAAAGAUCUAGCUCGUUCGGGAUGUUUUUCUCCCUCUGAUUUAUUCCCGGUCAAGCAUCUCCGCCUGUUUGAUCCUCCUCCGACGCAGCUCAAGAUCAUCAGGGAGGGGAUUGGGGCGGGAUCCAAGUCCUUUGCACAGACUGUCAUGGCGGACAAGAAUACGCCGCCGGGGGGGCUGAAGCAACGCGGCCCGGCUCCGCCGAAGAUCCCGGGGCAUCGCCAAGCCACGGGGGGUGCGCGUCCUGCUGCUGCGCCUGGUAAAGGUGAUGCCCCUCCUACACAAACUACCGUCGCUGUGCCACCGCCACCGAUCCCUCCUACCCCACCGGUGCAAGUCUUCGACGAGCGUUACAAGGAUAUGGUUUGCUUUACCUGUGGAGGCCCUGGCCACUACGUUGGUAAUUGCAUCCAGAAGAAAGCUUGCUUCAUCUGUGGAUUGGAGGGUCACAAUGUCAAUAAUUGCGCAGCCUGGGCGCAACCUCAUCCAGUUGCCACUUUCUUUGGGAGUUCUGCUCUGGGACUGGGGUUCUAUCACAUCGACGCUCCUGUGGGUAGAGAAGCAAGUUGGCUGAACUUCAGGAACUGCGGAGAAGUUUGGAUCAUGAAAGGCGAAAUCAACAAGUCAGAUCUAGUUAAGAAUCUUUCUGGUAUAUUUUGCAAAAACAAACAAUGGACGUGGCAGAUCAGGCCACUGUCAGAGAAGAAGUUCCUGGUCAGAUUCCCACCCUGGAAAGAUGUUGAAGAACUGAUUGAAUUUCCUGCCUUUGAUCUGCCCAUCGAUGGAGUGUCUGUGUCUGUGGAAAAGUGGACCGGUUCAAUUGACCCAUUCAGCGAGCUUAUUGAAGCAUGGGUAGUUGUUGAGGGUCUGUCAUCCAAAUGGUGCACAUGGAAAGUCCUAUCUCAAAUUGCUUCCUGCUUUGGAAUCCUUGUGGAUGUAGAUUGGAAUGGUCUGAUGAAGAGCUUCUAUGAGAAAGUGAGGGUCAAAAUUGCUUGUAGGGACCCAGCUAAGAUCCCUUUCGAAAGGAUUAUGGAGAUGAGGAAAAAACUCUAUAUCUUAUCCUUUACUGUGGAAGGUUUUGACCAGAUAGGGGCUGAUGAUCCUAAUGAUGAUGAUGGACCUACUGACAUAGCUGUGGAUGAUGACAACAAGGUUUUUGAUGAGGAGGAACUGAAUAAAGACAUCCUGGAUGAUGGAGAGGAACCCAUAGAUGACCUAGACCUUGCCAACAGAGCCCCCACAAAAACUCCAGCUGGGAAGAAAGCGACUGAUGAUGGUGCUACAUUCCAUCCCCUUGCUCUGUUGGAGGCAUGCAUCUCUCCUGUGAGAGCUAAUAAGAAGACUGAAGAAGAAACUGUGGCCCAGAGCAUGUGCUCUUCGAUACCCUUCUCUGAGGCAAUCAAAAUCCUUAGCACUUCCCACAACAAAGCAAAUGAGGUCAGUAUGCUUGCUGCAUCGUCAAGUGGUGAAGCAGCUAUCACUUCCCCAGUGUCUGCUCAAAAAAUAUACUGUUCUGGUAUGCUAGAAGAACUGGAAGACUCUACUUCUGAUACUGACAGUGAAUCUGUUGAACCUGAUGAGGAAAUAGUUACUGUUGAAGCUCCAAUAGCUAGUGGCUUGAAGAUAAUGGAAUUUAUGGAGAAAACCAAGGAAAGGGCUACACCCAAGAACAAGUGGGGCCCGGUGGUUGCUCCAAGACUGAGCUCCAGGGUCCACAACAGGCAAAAUAUCAUGGAGAAAGCUGCAGCUUACAAGAUGAAACAAAACCUGGAAAUCCCCCCUACAUUUAAAAGGCGCGCCGUGGACAAGCACCCGUGCAAUCUUGGCAAGGAUCAGCUCAUCGCUACAUCAAUGGAAGAUUCUCUGUGUGGGCGACCAAUCGGUGCUGCUGAGAAGAUGCAUUCAACUCCUGGAUCGGCGAAGAGGCGAGCUGCUCAGGAUUGCGUGGGCAUUGGGCUGAGAGCUUGCGUGAAGAGGACCCGAGACGAGGCGCCGAAGGCUCAUUCAGAGUGAAGGAAUGUGGUUGCGCAAAAAAAAAAUGAACGAUCCCCUGCAUAUCGUGGAAUGCCUCUGUCUUGGGUCGGGCGAGGGCUGUAGUCAGUCUGUUCUGUUAGUAGGCACUUUCCAUUUCGGCAGUUUUUGCUUUAGCUAUGUCGCGCGAAUUUGAACCUUUUAGGCCGUAGUUUUCUCCUGCUUUCAAUUUA